AUGCCUAUAAUAUCAGGGGAUGCAGGCUUUCUACCGUCCCACUUCUCUACAGUGGACAACUGUGGAGCAACAGAUACCGGAUCAGAGAGACCACUUAUGGACAUUUUGAAAUCAAUCUUAAAGGAGGAAUGUAAAAAAGACAUGGAGCGGUAAAGAUCGCGAGAACUUAUGUGCUGCUUCCAGUAGAGCGCACGGCAGGAUUUGGUUGGUUGGGUCGGUGUUGUUGGCCAACUUUUGUGCAUCUCCACCUGGCCGUCCGAUCGGACCGAGUGCGUGUGGGCGCAUCAUCAUCGUCAUCUUCCUCACGCAGGAGGCUUGCAUGUGGCAGCGGCAGAGUCCUCAGUAAGCUGCAGCCAGCCCGGGUGCGAGUUUCAUAGUCCGCCUUUUAACUCAAAAGUGUCCGAUGUCCGCGCACAGGAUGAUGAUCAUUGGACUCCUGCUCAGCGUCUUCUUCUAUGGUAGCAUGCCGGUGUCGGCGUCCUUAGACUGUCUGGUGGCAGAGCAGGGCUGCAUCCAGGAGCAGUCCUGCAUGGUCCCAUACCGCCUGCUGGAGUACUGUGCGGCAGAGGAGGCGGUUUCGCCCCUCGGCCCGGAUGCCCGGACAGAGUGCCUGGAGGCUCAGAACUCCUUGCAGCACCACCGCCCCCUUCAAGUGUGCAAAUGUCAGCGUGGCUCACGUAGGGAGGAACACUGCCUCAGGGUCUACUGGACUGUGAGGUUUGGAGCAUAUGAUGAGUAUGAAGUAUCUCCAUAUGAAGAACUGGAGUUGAAUCUGGUGCGAAAUAUUGAGAUGACACACAUGGCCUCCAUCAUGGCAGCUUCUUCAGUGUCUGUGGAUGGACAUAAUCAGUGUCUGAAGGCCGCCCAGGACUGUGGGCUUUAUGAGAAAUGCGGCUCCCUGCGCUCAGAAUACGUGGUGGCGUGCACCAAGCGAGCGGUGGCCUCCGACAACGGCUGCAACCGUCAGAAAUGCCACAGAGCCCUGCGGCGCUUCCUGGAGCGCGUCCCCGAGGAGUACAGCUUUGCGUUGCUAUUCUGUCCCUGCUCCGACACCCUAUGUGGAGAGCGCCGCAGGAAAACCAUCGUCCCGUCUUGUUCCUACGAGGAGAACGCCAAGGGGGAGGACCGAGUGGGCAAGCCCAACUGCCUCAGCCUGCAGAACUACUGCUCCAGAGAUGAGCUGUGUAGAUCCCGCUUUGCCGACUUCCAGCACAACUGUCAGCCAGCUCCUCUGUCUGCUUCUGGCUGCAUGCGAGAGAGCAGAGCCAUGUGCCUCAAGGCCUACGCUGGACUCAUAGGCACCAUUAUGACUCCCAACUACGUGAGCAACAGCAGCACAGAGGUGUCCCAGUGGUGCACGUGUGAUGGCAGCGGCAAUGAAUGGCAGGGCUGUCAGCGCAUCCUGCACAUGUUCAAAAACAACAUUUGUCUGCGUGCUGCCAUCAGCUCCAUGGGAAUCGCUGUGCCACCCCCUGCUGAGAGCACCGUCAUUCCAGCUCCCGAACCCUCGCCGAGAGUCCACCAGGAGAUGGGCCACGGCGUCAACACUCUCCCGGAAUUCACCAGGGUAGAGACCAGCGAGGAAGUGCAGCAAGAGGAGGUGAAGAGCGAAGAAUUUAUCAUCAUCCCACCGUAUUUAGAGAAAGACUCCAACAUUGAGUCAAGGGCCACGGAGAGGCAGCGAGCAGCCUCCAGCAGAGCGGCGCCAUUAUUCCCACUAUUGCUGUCUACACUCAUCCUGGACUUGGACUGUUGGAGCUACUAAAACAUCCAUCGUCUGCUCACCUUCUCUCAUUUCCACAAUCAAAAACCAAGGCAACCCUGCCAGGAAGAAAUGCAAAGGCAUUUGUUUAAAAGACUCCUUAAGAGUUAAAAGAUACCAUUCGUGCAGCAGUAUUAGUGUCUUAGAGCAGAUAGAGGAGUGCAUGACUGAACUGAGAAGUGCUGUUGGGGCAAGUAGUCCGUCCAGAGCUUGCUUCACACUCUAAAGUACAUCCUCUCUUUUUAACAAGAAGCACAUUGCCAAAGGCCACACUCACUGUACGUGAUCUCCCUCAAAAAAAAAAAAAAAAGGUUUGGUCCAGUGCAACCAAGCCACAGCACGCCUUCUAGUUUCUUUUUCAUGUGACUUACUUUCUCCUUUGGCUUUUCCUCUCCUUCCAUCACCCCGUGAUCUACACUGAUAAUUCACUCAAUGACUUCAUCACAGAUAGGCACUCUUAUAUCACAACCCCUCGAUCUACUCAACAUUCUUUAAAGAACACAGAAUAGCGAUGUCUCACUCUGUCCGAUAAAAGACAUCAUCAUUAUUCAGCAGCAUAUCAGCACAUAUUUCACAAAUAAACACUGUUUAAAUAAGGCAAAUACUGCAAUGUGCAAUACAUAUUACACAAUACUGUAUCGGUAGCAUUAUUACAUCAUCAGUAGGGUAGACCUAACCUGUCUCAUGACGGUCCGAGCCCAGCUCACGUUCCCUAUUAGUGGGUGAACAAUCCAACGGUGUAUUGCAACAAUGUGGUAGAAAAAUUGCCAAAACUCUGCAAAGAUUCUUCCUGAGGUGUGAUAUUUGAUUAGUAUUGACGUAUUGAAGGACCCCCACCCCCCCUUUUGUCAUCUUCCACAUGUUGCAUUUUUCUUUUAGUUUUUCUUGCUUUUUGGUUUUAUUUUUCCUCUUUGACACAAUGCUUUGCAGUAUGCGGUACCUGUUUCUCGUUAGUACUCUGUUUAGUUGGCGCCGCAUUACACGCAAUGCAACAUGCAAUUUGCUACACCUAAAUAAUAACCUAAAUAAUUCCACAACAUGGACAUACAGAGUUUGAUGAGGUCUCACUCGAGCAAUGAUAUCAUUAAGCAGAAAAGCCGAUACCAAUAUGAGCCAAUAUGUCAUAUUUUUGCCAAUAUUGACAGUUUUUGGGUAGGUUUUUGCUGUGGUUUUACUUUUACCUUUAACUUUCUUAGUCCUGGAAGAGGUACACCUUAGAUUUUUGGUAUAUUGGACCCUUUUUUUCAAUGAAUUUUCCCCAAAUAAUGAAUAUAAAUGGAGUAGUAGGUGUCCUGAAAUAUUGUACAGGUCAUAUGUUUGGUAACAUUUCAACGUGGUUUAUCGUCACUGGGACACUUCUAUGGCACCGUACUUCAGUACAGUCCCUGGCUACAUUAGGCCCUAAGCAGUAUUCUACUUGCUCCUCCUCACCCCAAUUCAAAAUGACCAUGAAAUAGCAGUCAAAACAAGAGGGGAGUCAAUGCGGAUUUCAAUGACUUCAACUGCCAAAAAUAAGAUUUUUCAUCAUUAUCUGAUUUUUAACUUUAAUUACUAAUCUUUUUUUUAUGUACACCUCAUGGCAGCUUAUGUUUUGCACAUUUGCAGAGAAUGCGCCCCCUUUUUUGCAAAAUCUACUCACAGUGCUUGUUCUAUGUGUAGGGAGGGGCGUCCCUGAUUACUGCAACUGUCUGGAGUGGAUGCGUUUGGUUUGUCACUCGCUUGCUUUUGUUCCCUUGACACUUCACUUUUAAUAGCUUGGGAACAUACUUGUAUUUUUUUGCAGCCCCUAGAAAAGAUACAAACAGUUCCACUGGUGUCUAAUAAUUAGCCCAGUGGGGUACAUUAGAGUAGAUUAAGGGUCAGAAACAGUCUCCCACUGUCGCCCUAUUCCUUACCGUGCUGAAGACAACAACACAUUAAGUGCUCCCUGCGAGCGUUGGAAAAUGAAAUCGAGAUCAGAGUCGGUACCACGCGGCGGCUUUAAUGCACAAGAGAUAUUAUGUCUUUACAACCUUUGGCUCUUCUCACAGUGAGCACAUCCAGUCACUUGGUAUUAUUCCGAGCAGAAUGAAUAAUGAGGGAGGGCAACGGCAAUGCGAUCAACCUCUGUGCUAGAAAUAAGGAGGGAAGAAAAGCGACUUAAAGCAAUUACAGCACAAUUCGAAUAAGUCAACACGCAGCGAAGAGUGUGGAGGAUGGCUCGGGGGAGGAAAUAGCCAAUUUACUGCUGUCAUAGAUUCGCCAUUUUUUUUCUUUUUUCUAUCCUUAGGAAAUGUGUUUUUAGUGGCGCUAAAAAUCCUCAUGUAGUGCAGAUGUUGCCAGAUGAAGAUAUGGAGAUAGGUGCGGACACUGGAGGCUGUAAAGGCUGCUGGCUGCUCCGCUCAUUGAGCAGCACAUUGAGCCAUUCUCUCUCUGCCUGGAAUAACUUUUGCUGAUGUUAAUGAUUUUGUUCCUAUGGCUCAUUUUCCUGGCAAAUGACACUGUUGCAGGCUUGUAGGUAAAGACGAGCGUAUCAUUUUUUUUCUGAUUAUUUUGAGCAAAACAAACUUGUGGAUGUGUUUGCAGCAAUUGGCUUUGUCGAAAAAACAGUUGUAUUGAAAUGAUUUCACAGAGCACUUAAACAGGUUGGACCUUUUCCAAAGAUGUAUCAUAAAAUAUAGAUACAAUAAUAAAAAAGGAGCUUGCUUGUUGUAAAUGUCACAGGAGCACUGCUAUACAUGAUGAUUUACUGUAAAUAUGAUUGUAUGUAACCACUUGAAAAGGCAGCUUGGUCAAUAGACUUCUUUCCAUGGGCUUUCAAGGAGGACAUUGGAGGGGGCCAGUUUGCAUUUAGACCUUUACUUUGUUGCAAUUGUUAGGCUAAAGCAGUGCUUCUCAAAUUGUGGGACAGGGGGGUCGCAAGAGGCUUUAAUUUCAAUGCAGACAUGCCAACAUGUACACAUUUUUAGUACUCAACAUGUAUUUUCCUGGCUUUAUUUCAGUUUAGUCAGUACAGAUAAAUGAAUAAAUAUGAUCAGUUUCUCUAGUAUUUCAAAUUGGGGGGUCAUGACAGAAAAUAAUUGAGAAGCACUGGGCUAAAGGGAGCUAAAAAUAUAGAAACGUGAGAUUGCAAACUUGGCUAAAGAAUAUAUAUAAAUCGGAAGAAUAAAACAAGCACUUGCCAUUUCAGUGUUGUAGCAUUAAAGCUGCUAAUAUGCCAUCCUGUGUGCACUGGCCUUAAUGCCUUUUUAUGUAUCUUCACAUUUCAAAAUGUGUGUUUAUAUUUGUAAACUAUGUAAAAAAAAAAAAAAAAACUUCACCAAAACAUUCAGUGUAGCUUGCAUUUUUGAUGUGUUAAUGAGUUAUAAAAAAGUACUCUGCAUAUUCUUUUAAAUUGUAUCUUUAAGAGACUCCCGAGGAAUGAUGUACAGAAUGUGUUUCCCGUGUUAAAAAAAACAUAUCAUCCACAUCGAAUAAUGUGACCAUAAUGUGUUUUAAAAAAAAAAGAGUAAAAAAAAAAAAACACGUGUAAUUUUUGUGACAUAGCUAAAUCGUGUGCCAGUUUGUUAAAAGACGAAUAAAAAGCCACAUUGGCAGUUUUCAUGUCCAAUAGCAAAUUAUUGGACUGAAAAGGAAUUACUAUUGUGUGUGGUGGAUGUUUUUCUUUACAUUUUAACUACUGAACACGCUGAUUAGCAAAAAGUCAGUUUCACAGCAUUAAAAAAUUACACUAAAUAUUCAGAUUUUUUUUUAAAUUUUACAUCAUUCACAAUCCACAACACAUCUUUCUUUCCCUGUUCUGUGCAUUAAAACACUAUAAAAAGAGUUAAUAUGAGCUAGCUUACAAUGCUGUCAUUGGGAAACACCUAUUUUGACUAUGACGCCCUA